AAUUCUCAUUGAUAAAAAGACAAACACUCUGGAAUCUUAAUUUGCACAUCGUCUUGAGGUUACAUUAUCAGUGUAGUAGUACCACUUGUCAAGCAGAAAGAAUAAAAGCGAAUGGCAUCAUCCCUGUGUUGCAAGUUUUUAGGUGGUUUUGGGUUUCAUCAAAAUCCAAACUUGAUUUCUCCUUCUGAUUCUUGCUCACUCAAUCUUCACUCCCCUUCACUUUUCAGGUUUAAGAAUGCCACAAAAUUGCUGACGCGAAGAAACUUUCCUUUGUUACGUGUAUCAAACAAGCCUUCUGAAGAACCCAUAGGGAAGACAGAAGCAAUUACAAGUGGUGACAAAAGCACUGCCCAAGGACCUCCUUUUCUUACUAUUCUGGCUGGUAUUGUUGUCUUUGCCCUUGUACUCUGGGUCGUUGGUACCAUCGUGUCCUGGCUUAUCGGUCUUUUGGGUUUAAUUUUCUCUAAAUAAUUGGAUAUGCAUUUGUUUGUCUUUGUUUAGAACAUCAUUGUUAUGACAUUACCAUGACUCCAUGAGCAGUUGUAAUUACACUCUUGUUUGUA